CCCUCCUCACUCUUCUCUCACUCACUCACACAGACACACAUACACACACGCACACUCUCUUACACCCACGGCGGACACGCACGCACCCAGGCGCCCAAGGCGAAGCCGCCUCUCGCCGCCUCGCCCAGCCGCGCCUCUCGUCCCUCAGCAGAGCGGGAAAAGCGGAGGCCGGCGCCGUGACCCCUGACCCCGUGGUGAUGCGGAGCGGCCGCCGCCUGCCUUAGCGAUCGCGGGGCCGCCGCGGGUGCUUGACGCAGCGCGGGCGCGUGGAGCCGCCUCCCCUCCCCCUCCGCUCGGCUCCCCGGCCGCACCCGAGCCCUCGCGCCCCGCCGCCGCCACGCGACCCCCGCCGCCGGCCCACCCCCGCGCCGCCGCCCGCCCCGCCCGGAGGUCCCGCGUGGAACCGCCGCCGCUGCCGAGGAGAAGGAGGAGGAGGAUGAAGGACAAACAGAAGAGGAAGAAGGAGCGCACGUGGGCCGAGGCCGCGCGCCUGGUGUUAGAAAACUACUCGGACGCUCCAAUGACACCGAAGCAGAUUCUGCAGGUCAUAGAGGCAGAAGGACUGAAGGAGAUGAGUGGGACUUCCCCUCUGGCGUGCCUCAAUGCCAUGCUGCAUUCCAAUUCAAGAGGAGGAGAGGGACUGUUCUAUAAACUCCCAGGCCGCAUCAGCCUUUUCACACUCAAGAAGGAUGCCCUGCAGUGGUCUCGCAGUGCAGCUGCAGUGGAGGCCGAGGAGCCGGAGGACUCUGCCGACGUGGAGAGCUGUGGUUCCAAUGAAGCCAGCACUGUGAGUGGUGAAAACGAUGUAUCUCUUGAUGAAACCUCUUCGAACGCAUCCUGUUCCACUGAGUCCCAGAGUCGGCCCUUGUCCAAUCCCAGGGACAGCUGCAGAGCCUCCACACAGGCAAACAGACAGAAGAAAAAGACGGGAGUGAUGCUGCCUCGAGUUGUCCUGACUCCUCUGAAGGUAAACGGGGCCCACGUGGAAUCGGCCUCAGGGUUCUCGGGCCGCCACGCUGAUGGCGAGAGCGGCAGCCCAUCGAGCAGCAGCAGCGGCUCUCUGGCCUUGAGCAGCACUGCUAUUCGUGGCCAGGCCGAGCUCGCCCGGGACCCUGCCCCGCUCCUGAGAGGCUUCCGGAAGCCAGCCACAGGUCAGAUGAAACGCAACAGAGGGGAAGAAAUCGACUUUGAGACACCUGGGUCCAUUCUGGUGAACACAAACCUGCGUGCGCUGAUCAACUCUCGGACCUUCCACGCCCUGCCGUCGCAUUUCCAGCAGCAGCUCCUCUUCCUCCUGCCUGAAGUGGACAGACAGGUGGGGACAGAUGGCUUGUUGCGGCUCAGCAGCAGUGCACUGAAUAACGAGUUUUUUACCCACGCGGCUCAGAGCUGGCGGGAGCGCCUGGCUGACGGUGAAUUCACUCAUGAGAUGCAAGUCAGGAUACGGCAGGAAAUGGAGAAGGAGAAGAAGGUAGAACAAUGGAAAGAAAAGUUCUUUGAAGACUACUAUGGACAGAAGUUAGGACUGACCAAAGAAGAAUCAUUGCAGCAGAAUGUGGGCCAGGAGGAGGCUGAUGCCAACAGCAGCUCGCGGGUCCCAGGGGAAUUGGCCCGGUCACAGAGGGGUCCGGCAACCCGACAACGCGACGGGCAUUUUAAGAGACGGUCUCGGCCAGACCUCCGAGCUAGGGCCCGAAGGAACCUGUACAAAAAGCAGGAGCCAGAAGAAGCAGCGGUCGCUAAAGAUGCCAAGUCUGUUUUGCCUGAUGUCCCACUCUGCAAGGAUGGGGAAGCUAAGGCAGACUCGGCAGGAGUGAGCAGUGCCCCACUGCUGGGCACCACCUCCCCGGCGCCCGACCCAGAGGGGCCCCGAUGCCCAAGUGAGUCUCUGGCUGCUCGUGUCCAGCCUGAGCUGGACAGCGCAACACAAGCCUCUACGUCUCCAGACCGAGUUCCCAACUUGUCUCAGGAGGCUGUGGACCAGGAGCCCAAGGACCAGAAGAGGAAGUCCUUUGAGCAGGCAGCCUCUGCGUCCUUUCCCGAAAAGAAGCCCCGGCUGGAAGACCGUCAGUCCUUUCGUAACACAAUUGCAAGUGGUCACACCGAGAAGCCACAGCCCACUAAAGAGGAGCCCAAAGUCCCGCCCAUCCGGAUUCAACUUUCACGCAUCAAACCACCCUGGGUGGUUAAAGGUCAGCCCACUUACCAGAUAUGCCCCCGGAUCGUCCCUGUCACGGGGUCCUCCAGCCGGGGCUGGACUGGCCCCAGGACCCUCACAGACAUUAAAGCCUGUGCCGGCCAGGCCCCAGGGGCGAGAGGCCACCACUGCCAUCGAGAGGCGGCCACCACUGCCAUCGGAGGGGGGGGGUGGCCCGGGUGGAGGUGGCGGAGGGGCCACCGAUGAGGGAGGCGGCAGAGACAGCAGCGGUGGUGAUGGUGGUGAGGCCUGUGGCCAGUCUGGCCCCAGCGGAGCCCCAGGCAGUCCUGGAAAGCGUGCGUCAGAUCUACAGCGAGCACAACUACUGCCGCCUUGUCC